UAAAAGAUAUGCUAGAUAAAAAGAUCAUAGUCCCUUCGUCAUCUCCAUGGGCAUCCCCUAUUGUCUUAGUGAAAAAGAAAGAUUCUUCUCUACGACUCUGCGUAGACUAUCGACGCCUUAAUGCUAUCACUAAACGUGACUCCUUUCCACUCCCACGGAUCGAUACCACGCUAGAUGCCUUGAAAGGCGCAUGUUGGUUUUCGACUUUGGACCUAGCAUCUGGGUAUUGGCAAGUAGAGGUCCGACCGCAAGAUAGAAAAAAAACGGCAUUUAUAGUACCAAAUGGUCUGUAUGAAUUCCAAGUGAUGCCCUUUGGUUUAACGAAUGCCCCGGCUACCUUCCAAAGACUAAUGCAAGCAGUGUUACAAGACAUAGUACCCAACAAAUGCCUGAUAUAUCUUGAUGACAUUAUUGUGUAUGGUAGCACGCCCGAACAACACAAUACCAAUUUGAAAGCAGUCCUUCAGCGCCUUCAACAACACAAUUUAAAAGUAAAACCGUCCAAAUGUCGCCUGCUGCAGAAAGAAGUAAUCUUCCUCGGACACCGUAUCACUGCAGACGGGGUAGGCACAGAUACAGAAAAGACACGUGCGAUUGUUAAUUGGCCGCAACCACAAUCACCCGAAGACGUUCGCAGCUUCCUUGGGCUAGCCUCUUAUUACAGACGCUUUGUUCGCGACUUUGCAUCAUUAGCAACACCUUUGCAUCGAUUAACACACAAGGGACGAAAAUUCUUAUGGACUAGCGAGUGUCAACAAGCGUUCGAUGCUUUGAAAGCACGAUUGACCUCCCCACCUAUAUUAGCCUUUCCGGAUACCUCAGCAGGCGGGGGUGAAUUUAUACUCGAUACGGAUGCUAGCUCCUCGGCCAUUGGAGCAGUUCUGUCGCAAGUAGAUCGAGAUGGACACGAAAGAGUCAUCGCGUACGCCAGUCGACGAUUAGAUAAGAGUGAAGCACGGUAUUCUACAACACGUCGAGAGAUGUUAGCACUAGUAAAAUUUUUACAACACUUUCGCCAUUAUCUACUGGGCAAACCCUUUCGUGUGCGCACGGAUCACCGUGCAUUACAGUGGCUCCGCUCUUUCCGCGAACCAGAAGGGCAAGUAGCACGCUGGCAGGAACGGCUACAAGAGUUUAACUUCACAUGCGAGUAUCGACCGGGAAACCGACAUACAAACGCGGAUGCCCUUUCCCGAAUACCCCAGACCACAAAUAAUGUUAACGCAAUUCUGAGUACAGCGUUAGAGACUGAUUGGCCCUCACUACAAGCAACAGAUCCAGACCUGCAGAUUAUUUACCAAAGACAGUUACACGGGAACAAUAAGCCAUCCUGGAAGGAGUUAAAGGAUCAAACCCUAACAACGCGUCGUAUUUGCACCAAAUGGAGUAACCUAAAAUUAUAUGGGGACACGCUAUUCCUAAUUAAUGAAUCGAAACAACCCCUGCUGAUAGUACCGCGAGUCAAAGUCGAGAGCAUUGUGGAGCAGGUACAUCGUGAACUUGGUCAUGCGGGAGAACGAAGGACGGAACAUGCUGCCCGUCAACGCUUUUGGUGGCCAUCUAUACAUGAAGAUGUAGCGCGAUUUUGCAAGAAUUGUAACACGUGUUGCCGUUUCAAAUCACCUCAGCAGACACCCCGUGCACCAAUGACACCGAUGGUGACAACAGGACCACAUCAGAGGGUCGGCAUAGAUAUCAUGGGACCAUUGACAACGACAAAGAACGGGAAUCGCUACAUACUGGUUAUGGUGGAUUAUUUCACAAAAUGGUGUGAAGCAGUACCCACUCCACAGCAAGAUGCCCUUACUGUCGCCCGAGCUUUUAUCGAUCAUUGGGUCUCUCGUUAUGGUGCACCAGUCUCACUUCAUUCCGAUCAAGGUCCAGCCUUUGAAAGUCAACUCAUCGCUGAAAUAUGCCGACUAUUGGGAAUCAGGAAGACACACACUACUGCGUAUCACCCAGAGGGUAACGGCCUCGUGGAAAGAACGAACAGGACUAUUAAAGCCAUCUUACAGUCGUUUGUCAGCAGAUCGUCACCUGAAUUAUGGGAUAAUGUGCUCCCUCAAUGCCUUUUAGCGUAUCGUACGUCGAUACACGGUUCCACGGGAUUCUCACCUGCUAUGUUACUGUUCGGGCACGAAUUACGCUUACCAGUAGAGAUACAGUCGCCCCUACUACCUUACGAGGAACAAGAGCAUGUACCGUACAUACGUACUCUCCGCAACCGCUUAGCUGAUGCAUACCGCCUGGUCAAUAUCAACUUGCGUAAGGCUAGCGAACACCAAAAAGAUAUAUACGAUCGUCAGGUGCAAGGACCAAAGUACACAGUCGGAGAUCGCGUCUGGCUACGCCGUCCAAUGACUUCGUUAGGGGGUUGCAGUAAAUUCCAUCAACCCUGGCAAGGCCCUUUUGAAAUUGUCCUCAUCCGAUCCCCCACUACGUUUGUACUACGAAACAUACAACGGCCUAAUGACGACGUGAUAACAGUGCACUACAACCAGCUAAAACCGGAUCGGACGACGUUUUCCUCCGAUGUUCAGUUGGCCGAACCACCGCCGGCCACGAGAUUUUAUGAGGUUCCACCUGAAGGAGGGUCAGCAUAUCCAUGCCCAAGACCAGGCGCUGAGGACAGCGCCUCAUUAAGAGAGGGGGCGAUGUAACAGCGUCAAAAUCAUUAUGUAUGUUGUGUUAAUGGAUUCUGUUUUCCUUCUAUUGCAGGGCGAUCGAGAGUAAACGCUCUAGAAGAAGAAGAACAAGCCUUGCAUGCACUGAGCCUGCAGGAUGACGCAUAAGACUGUUUGGUAAACUAACCCCGCCUUUCUGUACACUCCCCGCGAAUUUUAAUUUUUAAAUAAAUCUCUGGUGGUUCC